UCUUCUCUAUGGGCCACCAUGUACCACAACCAACCUCCUCCCUUUCAGCCCCCACCAGGCGGAGUCCCACCAUUCCCUCCCAAUUUCCAACCUGGUGUCCCUCCACCCGGUGGUUUCCCUCCAUUCCGACCUCCCAACGCAGCCUUAGGUUUCGUGCCUCCACCUUUCCCUCCUACUCUUUCUCCAGCUGGCGGUGAUGGGUCUCCUGGAGGAUUCAGACCGCCGCCCAAUGGGUUUGGCUUCGGUCCGAGACCUGGUCUAGGGGCUGUACCUGGCGCUUCAUCCUCCAGCUCAUCUGGGGCAACCCCUGGAUUCGUACGAGAGGUCAAGACGACCAGUGUCUUUGUCGGAGGUAUCGCACCGGGUAUAACCGACCAGACUCUCAAGGAUCUUCUCAACGCCUGCGGACCUCUACACGAAUUGAAACGAGUCAGUGGUGCAAAUGGAAAGCCUCAGGCAUUUGGGUUUGCCCUGUUUGAGAACCCUGAAGUGGUCAUGAGGGCCAUCAGGUGUCUCAAUGGAGUGGAGUUACCAGAUAUGACUCCAGAGGGGCGUCGGGAUAGCAAACGAAAGCCUCUGGUGGUGAAAGUCGAUGAGAAAACGAGAGAGUUCCUGGAGGAGUUUGAGUCGACUUUGGGCAGAUCAGAGGGAGACGAAGAAGCUGACAGUCAUUGCCGCAAAGCGAUUCAACACAUUGUUGCUCUACUCACUGAUCCCAAUGCAACUCCUCUCGCCGGUUUCGGUCCGGGUCGUGGACCAGGAGGUCGAUCACCGAUCGCAGUCGAUGUCCCUGCUCAUUUGAGAGAUCUACAGGAAGGAGAUCUGCCGGAGGAACAACGAGUCGUGGUGUUGGAUCAGAUCGCCAUCUUCAGAGAAACCGCAGCGAGGCGUGAAAGGGAAAAAAAGGCGCUAGAAGAUGAAAAGGAAAGGUUCAAACGGGAGCAACAGCGACAAGGCCCCAUCUCUCCCGCCAACGCAAGGAAAGAGCCAUCGUCAAAUUACGGGUAUGGAAAUCGAGUCAUGGCGAAGGAGGCUCAGGCGGCUCAAGCUGAGAGGCAGAGACAGUGGGGACAGACACAGAAUGAUUCGCAGAAGGAGAAUGGAAAAGAUGGCAGACGAGAGUCGAGAGACCCACAGGGUUAUGACAAGCCUGUCAACUUUGUUAAGCCGCGGCAGGUCGAAGGCAAAGGAGAGAGCGAGAGAACGGAUGAGGAGGAGGAAGAGAUGCGGAAGCAGCGAAGGGAUCGAGAGCGGGACCACGCUUUUAGAGAUCAAGAGCGAAAAGUCGAGAAUAGAGAGAGACAUCGGAUAGAAAAUCUCAAUCGCGAGAUGAGCCAUCGGAAACAGCAAGCAGACUUUGAGGAUCGAAACAGAAGACGACUCACCGAGAUGCUAGAGAAUUGGGAUGAUGAGGAGAUCGCUGAGAAGGGGCGCGAGUCGUUCUACGCCGAUCGCUCGCGCUGGCGUGCCCAAAGGCAGAAAGUCCGACAGAGGGAAUUUCAAGAUGACCUGCGUGAUCGUCAUAGAGAAGAAGAAGAGCGACGGACUCUUGAAGCUGAAUCCGAGGAGUUCCUAAAGCGACAAAUGGCAGAAAUGGCAGAGCUGGAGGAAAAACAAAAAGCUGCGGGACUAUUGACCGAAGAUGCUGCCCCUAUCCGAUUAGCCAUCAAUGCUCUCCCGAAAGAGGUCAAGGAGGAGAAGAAACCUGACGUUGUGCCGCCUAAACCUGGCAUCGCCUUUGGUGGAGAUGACGAUGAUGAAGACGAAAAGGAGAAGAAGAAGAAGAGGACAUUGGUAAAAUUAGAGUAUGAAGGGGACGGCUUGACCGAGGCGGAGAAGAUUGCCCAGAGGAACGCCAAAUUGCUCGAGAUCAAACGUGAUGUGCCGCGAGAUAGGAGAGCCCUGUACGCUAUGGCCAUACAAUGGGCGGCGAUCCCAGAGUCGAUGAUGUCGACAAAGAUCAUGUCCUUCAUUCAGAGCAAAAUGAAGGACCUUCUAGGCGAAGUAGAUCAAGAUCUCGCCGACUUUGUCCUAGAACAUCUCAGGGAGAGGAAAAAGGCCGCCGACUUGAUCGAUGGGUUGGAGCCGAUCUUUGCAGACGAAGCGACAGAGUUCGUCACUGCUCUGUGGCGGCAACUGGCAUUUGAAAGUCUUGCCUGGGCCUCGGGCCUCGAGACAGGGCCUAUGCUUGUGUAGUCGUUUGUGAAUGGAGUACAGGAGUGACGAGGCUUCGAAAGGGACGAGGCGAUAACUUCCACCAUUGGGCACGCAGGUGGGCCUUUGUUUUUCCUUCUUCUUCGUGUCUCUCUUCACGAUCUCUCGUGUACUAGCCAACGAACAGUGAAGCUACACCCAGACAAUAUGCUCCUGUCGUCGGAGUUCGUGAGUCGAGGCUCUUCAGACUGAACUUGUAUCCAAAUCUAUCCUCACCAUGCUCACGCGCUAUGCUAAUGAUGUAUGCAUUGAGAGAUCCUGAC